AUGACCAAUACAGCCUUUAGACUCAAUAAUGUGAACAAGCGCAAACGAAAAGCACGGCCAUUACCCGAUUGGAUCUCAAGAGAAGACACCAAACGCAAGACACUCCAAGACGUCUCGACCGAUCUCACGUCGGAUUUGGAUUCUCUCCAGAAACGAGCCGUCAACGCGGCCUUGUCCGGUGCCAAUGUCUUUGUGACGGGUGUUGCGGGGACUGGCAAAUCGAGAGUCACUCAGCGAAUCGUCACGGCUUGUCAGCAAGCUGGACGACAAGUGGCAGUGGCCGCACCCACCGGGGUGGCCGCAGUCAAUUUGGAUCUGGACGCCCAAACCAUUCAUUCUUUGGCAGGGAUUCCGGUGCCACAAAAGGCACGGGAUUUUGGAAAUAUGUUCUCGCCGAAUACAAGCAAGAAAUGGCGGAAGCUACAAACGCUGGUCAUUGAUGAAAUAGGCAUGGUAACGGCCGAAUUCAUCGAUUGGUUGGAUGUUCAUGUGCGGAGGAUUCGACGUGCUCCUCUGGAAGUCUUUGGGGGGAUUCAACUCAUACUGGUUGGCGACUUCUGUCAACUUGGUCCCAUCCCUGGCAGUUUGAGUUUGCGCAAGUCCAAGCCGUAUCAUCCAAGCAAUCCUAGUGCCGAUUGCUUUAUGAACUUACAAGAAUGCACUGCCUAUGCCUUUCAAUCGGUCCUUUGGCGAGAAGCCAAAUUUGUCCACGUCCAUUUGCGCAAGGUAUACCGCCAACAGUCGGACCAAGCCUUUAUCCGAGCGCUACAAGACUUGCGAGAAUCCAAGGCGGACUCGGCCAAUGUCAAACAUCUAAUUCAACAAUGUCAGACGCCACUGCAAAACCGACCGGGAGCUUCCGAAACCAUUGCUAGUGGGAUUCGACCCACCGUCUUGUAUUGUACCAAUCGAAAUGUCGAUGAGGAAAAUCGUCGGGCGCUCUUGUCGCUCAAGAGUCAAGGAAGUUUGGCAAAGGUAUUUAAAGCGAUUGACUCUGUCCAAGUGGAUGAUGAGGUACCAGAGUCAUCUCGUGGUGUGUUCAGGGAAUCUUUGCUGCGCAACAAGUUCUUUGAUCAUUGUCAAGCAGCUCCGACGUUGGAACUAAAAGUGGGUGCUCAAGUCAUGCUCUUGCAAAAUGUGUCCGAAGACCGUGGCGGCAAGUAUUCUACUAGUCGUAGUGGCAGCAAUAAUAAUUCAAAGCAGCAGUUGGUCAAUGGGAGUCGGGGUGUGGUGAUUCGCUUUCAAUUGGUUCCGGUGGUGAGGGACAACAAGCAUACGGAAGAACGAUUGAUGGAUCCCUACGAUCGAGACAAGUUUGCUGGAAGACGAUUCGAUGAACUCAAAUUCGGUACCACAGUAGAAUUCGAUCAACGAGCAUGGACUGUCUUCAAGUUUGUCAAAUUUCCCGUCGUUCGGUUCCUCAACAACGAAGAACGUAUCAUUCUCCCAUCCGAAUUCAAACGAUCGCUCUUCCGACAAGGAACAUGUCUUCGCAAGCAAUUGCCAUUGCGUCUGGCUUGGGCCAUGACAGUACACAAGUCCCAAGGGUCCACAUUGGAUUUGGUACUGGUCGACUUGAAGGGUUGCUUCGCCACGGGUCAAUCCUAUGUGGCGCUGAGUCGGGCCAAGUCGAUGGAUGGAUUGGAGAUUCGCAACUUUGACGCCAAGCAAGUCUGCAGUGAUCCACUCGUCAAGGCAUUUUACGAGGCCAUGGAUCAAGAUACGAUGGAUGACUUUUUGGCCACCCAAGCGGGAUUGUGGUGGUAUCCCAUUUUGGAUUCUCCAGAAUGGAACAAGAUGUUUUCUCAAGCAUCCCAUUCCGUGGCCAAACAAAACUCCAGUCAGUUCCGUCAGUGGGUCAAGGACUACAAGCCGGGUCCAGACUACAAUGGAUGGAAGGGGAAAUUGGGCAGGUCCUAA